GGGGACAGGCAUUCGGCCGGUGCCCAGAAGAAGCCCUUUGUCCAUACAGAUCUGCAAAAAGAAAAGAAAAACAGAGCCCAAAACAACAGAACCUAAACCAGCCAGCGGGCCCUCUGCAGAAGCUCAGAGGCACUGUCUCCCAUGGCUGGCCGAGCCGCUGCAGCCCCAGAACCCCCUCUCCCCUGAUGCCGGGGGGGGGGGGAGAGAGAGAAAGAGAGAGAGGGGAACACUCUGCAGAUGCUCAGAGGGCACCCCAGCAGCAGCAGCCUCCCCUGCCCUGCCCCCAGGAAGAGGGACUGGUGGGGAGAGGAGGAGGGCACCCGAGGAGAAGAGGAAGGUGCCGGCCGGGCCUCCGCCUCCUCCCCGCCUCCUCCUCGCCCAGCCCAGCCGGGCUGCCCCUCCUGCUCCGCCCCGCCUCGCCGCGAGAAGGAGGAGGAAGGAGGAGAAGCCGCGGCCGGCCUAGACGAGGCGGGGAGCCCAGCAGCCAGCUGCGACCUCCUCGGCUGCCUGCCCGACCACCACCACCACCACCACCCGGCCGCCGCCCCCCUCUGCUGCCGCCGGAGACGAGCGCCCAGCCGCGCGCCUAGGCCGCAAAAGCCGGGGCCUCGCGUGGCCGCGCCGGCCGGCGGCCAUGAGCUAGCGCCCGGGGCGCCCCGCUGCCUCUUUCCUCGGCCUCCCUUCCUUCCCUCCCUCUCCCCCCGCGCCAUCAUGUGGCUGCAGCAGCGGCUGAAGGGGCUGCCGGGCCUGCUGUCCAGCAGCUGGGCGCGGCGCCUGCUGGGCCUGCUGGCCUUCCUGCUGGGGGCCUACUGGUACCUGCUGGGCGGCGCCCGGCCGGGCCUCCUCCUCCUGCCCUGGAGAACCGGGCAGCCCCCGGGGGCCGCCGCCGGCCUCUGCCUGCAGGCCGAAGUCCGGGCCUGGCAGGCCUGGGCCCAGCGCGGGGAGGCCCGCCUGCUGCCGCCAGCCCCCGGCCUGCCCGUGGCCACCAAUGCCGCUCACGCCAACCCGGCGGCCCCGGCCCUGGUGGGCAACGGGCACCUGCUGCUGGACGUGGCCGCCAACCGGCUCUGGGUGGCCGCCGCCGCCACGGGCCCCACGGCGGGCGGCCCGGCCCACCCCACCGAGUACCCGGCCUUGGCGCAGCUCCGGGCCCCGGCCGGCGCCCUGGGCGAAGCGGGGGCCGCGGUGGCCAUGCUGAAGGAGGGGGCCAUCCGCCGGGCCCGGUGCGUCCAGACGGGGCCGGCGUCGGCGUCGGACGGGGCGGCCCGGGAGUGCGUCACCGUCCGGGAGGAGCUGCUGGCCCACCGCGGGCGGCGGCACCUCUACCUGCAGCGCCUGGCCAUCGCCAACCCCACCGACCGCCUGGUGGCCUUCGAAGUGGCCGGCCCCGGCGCGGCCUCGGGCUCCAGCGGCGGCGGCGGCAGUGGCAAGUUCAUCACCAGCCUGGAGAAAGCGGACGAGCGGCAGUUCUUCCUCUCGUCCGGCCGGGUGCCGCAGCCCGGCAGCAAGACGGUGGUGUUGGUGGUGGUGGCAGCCAAGAAGCUGGUCAACCGGGUGCAGGUGGCGCCCAAGUCGCAGUUCGAGGAGACCCUGCUGUCGGUGGUCCACACCUCGCCGCCCAUCGAGGCCUCCCGGCUGGAAGAGGCCUUCAGCAGGCUGCGGGAGGCGGCCAAGAAGGAGAUGCUGGAGGUGAUGAAGAUGAGGACGGAGGACUUGAUCCAGGAACACCGGCAGGCCUGGGCCGAACUCUUUAUCUCAGGGGUUGAAAUCAAGAAGAUCACCGACGCUCACACCCCCUCCAGCGACACCGUCAACAUGACUCUUUAUUACGUCCUGUCGACCAUCCCGUCUCCCCUCCUGGACCCUCUCAUCGCCAGCGAGGAGCGCGAGAAAAUGGAAGCCGCCUUGAACUACGCCGACCACUGCUUCAGCGGCCACGCCACCAUGCACGCCGGAAACCUGUGGCCGGGGCAGCUGGCCAGCGUGCCCCAGAUCCUGCAGCUCUCGGACCUGUGGAAGCUGACCUUCCAGAAGCGGGGCUGCAAAGGCCUGCUGGCCACGGGGGCCCACGGCCUCAUGCAGGGGAUGGUGCUCAGCUUCGGCGGGCUGCAGUUCACGGAGAACCACCUGCAGUUCCAGGCCGACCCGGACGUGCUGCACAACAGCUACUCGCUGCGGGGCAUCCACUACAACAAGGACCUGAUCAACCUGGCCGUCCUGCUGGACGCGGAGGGCAAGCCCUUCCUCCACGUCUCCGUCAAGUUCCAGGACAAGCCCGUCCAGCUCUACGCCUGCGAGGGGGGCUGCUCCAACGACCCCGUGGAGCUGACGGCAGAGCCCCGCGGCCACACCUUCCCCGUCAUGGUGACCCAGCCCAUCACGCCGCUGCUGUACAUCUCCACGAACUUGGUCCACCUGCAGGACCUGAGGCACACCCUGCAUCUCAAGGCCAUCCUGGCCCACGAGGAGCACAUGGCCAAGCAGUCCCCGGGCUUGCCUUUCCUCUUCUGGUUCAGCGUCGCCUCCCUCAUCGUUCUCUUCCACUUGUUCCUCUUCAAGCUCAUCUACAACGAGUACUGCGGACCAGGGGCCAAGCCUCUCUUCCGGAGCAAGGCGUGAGGCCUGGCGCUUCGCGGACUGAGCCAGCCUCUGGGGUUGGGUUGGGGUUUUUUUUUAAGCCUUCCUCCCUGCCCCACACGUCGUCGGGGUGGAUCUUCUAAGGUUAGGGUCCUCUCACAGGGAUUCCCAGGCGUGGUUGACUACCAGUCCCAGAACCCCCAAGCAAAAGCCGUCGUUGCAGCUGGGGAUUCUGGGAGUUGUGGUCAACCACAUCUGGGAGUCCCUGUGAGAGAGGACACAGGUAGGACCCUGGAGUGUCCUGUGAACAAGCAGUGUCUGUGUGCCUGCGUGUGAGCUGCGUCUUCGUAGAAGGCAGUGGGUUCUUCAUGGCAAGGUUGAGCAAGAGCAAGAGUUCAAAACCAACUGUUUAAAGAAGUGCUCCAGUACAAAAAUAUUUGGGGAGGGUGCACUUUGGCAGAGUUUCUGCUCUGGGGAGGGCCCUCCUGGACCAGCGUUGCCUCAGAAGGGUUGUGUCCAUUAAUAAGCUGAGCUUGCUGCACCGUGAGCCCAGGGCCCCAUGUUGAGGAGGAGGUUCUCGACCAGGAGUUAAGGUCAAGGCCAUAUGCUGGGUCUCACGGAGACAUGUGGCCACCCUGAAAAGGUGUGUGCGGAGGGAGAUGGUUCCUCACAAGUCGGGCGUGUGGCCACUGCCGCCUUCAGCUCCAGAAGGCAGGAAAACGAUGACUGGAUUCUUGUGGGUGUCGGAUUCGUGGUGGAAGCAACGAGGAGCCAGAAUAAUGCAUCCUAGUCCCGAAGGAAGGAAGGAAGGCAGGCUCACUUCUGAGGCGGGAUCAAAUGUUUGGUGUCUCGUGCCCGUUUCGCCCACCCAGAAGUCGACGGAGGGCUGGGAGCAGCUUUGUAGGUUGUUGCUUCUCUGCCGAGAAGAGGGAGAGUAGCCGCUGAAGGGAAGGGGGAGGAAAGUUUGCACAUUCUGCAGACUCUGUCUAGGGACGUGGCAAGAGGCGCCAGGGCCGGGUCGGUAGCUAAUGCCGGCAUUGGCUUGGGUAGCGGAGGGCUAGAUUUCUGCGCAAAAUGCCGGGAAUCGAGACCGCAGAUGUGGUGUGCCGUACAGCACACCUUUCCUUCAAAACAAAAACCAGCAAAGGGACUGCAUAGAGGUCUAGAGGUCUCUUGCAUAUAGCGUGCAUACUUCUGGAACCUCGGGACUCUCUCAGUAGGUUCUUACUAUUCCCUCUGUGCGUGCGUGCAUAGGCACGGGGGUUGCCCUUUUGCCCUGGAAGAGCUCAGCGUCCUGUUGCCUGCCUUCCCACCCCCACCGUCACAACCUUGUUUCAAACCAUCACAAACCCGAACAGCUGCUCCUCAGAGCAGAUGCUUUGGAAACAGUAGCCUUUAACCACCCCCUUGCCUGGUAAACAUGACAUGGAGAGUUUUGCCACGCCCCUGCAAGCACCAGCUUUGCGGGGUGUGCGUCUGUCAGCACAAGGACAUCACUUUACAGGUGGAGAGGGGAAAGGACACUUCUCCCAGAGGCAGCAGCUUAACUUUCUGCCUCAUCUCCUUCUGCAAAAUGCUAGUAUUGUUUUGUUUUGUUUUUCCUUUCUGCUGAGUUUGUGUUUCAAAACGUUCUUAAGAGUUAAAAGCAGUUUGCUGAUGUUGAAGUAGUUAAGAGUUGUGUGUGUGUGUGUGUUGUAUGAGUGUGUGGUUCAAAGGCAGCCUAGUUAAGAGACUAUAAAUUGGGGAGAAGUGGUGUGCCAUGAGUAGCCUCCUUCACAGGAUGAUGACCAACGUUGUCUCGAAGAGAGAUUCCCAGAUGUGGUUGACUACCACUCCCAGAAUCCCCAAGCAAAAGCCAUGGCAGCAGGGGAUUCUGGGAGUUGUAGUCAACCACAUCUGGGAAUCCCUGUGAGAGGGAGCAUUGGUGAUGGUCAUAUUUGCCUGCCCUAUUUUGGGAGCUCUGUUCACUCCCAUCUCCUGACUGUGUGCUCUUAAAAGCAAGGUCAAGGGGAGGAAGUGGUCAUCUGAGAGAGAGUUGGAGGGAGUUUCCUCCUACCUUGAUGAGAAGGGUACCCUCUAAACCAGCUCCUCUCUCUCUCUUAGACACUCCCUUCCUCCCCCUCUGAUCUUGCUUUUUAAGAGCACACCAUCACCAACGAGGGUAGGGCAGUUUGUCCUACUCUAGUGAUCGUCACAUGAGUGGCAACUUGUGCUGUUAAUUAACUGAGCCCAAAGUUCGAUCUGUCUGGGGGAAUGAAUGUACACUGUCCCUCUUGGAUUCUUUGCCCCCAGAAGUAGAGCUCUGGGCAAACCCGCAGCGGGAGAAAGCAGCUAACCAUUCGGUGCCUUGUUGGGAGGGGAAAGUUGGAACGUAUUUAGUAGCUCAAGAAUUUAUCUUCGCACUCGUGUGUCUUUGCCCCCCCCUCUCUCUCUCUCUCACUCACACAUACACACACACACACACACACACACACACACACACACACACACACACACCUCUCCCUCAGCCCCCUUCUUUUCUAUUAAAACCUUCUUUUGGUGGCCAAUACUUGAAAAUUUCAUGACAACUUUUCAUUUUUCGAGGCUCAGUUUUCUAGGAGGAUGAUAAGCAAACUCCCGUUCUUUCUUUCUGGGAUCCUCAAACACAGCCUAACUGGAGAAUUUGCUUCCUGCUUCCCAGACUAAAAGUGGCCUCAUUUGCUGUGUAUACUAUAAUUUAUUAUUAGUGGGUUUGGGGUGUUGAUUCUUUAACGGCAAGGCUGCUUGGAGAGGGAAUCAAUGGCCACUUCAGAAUGUACAUAGAUUUAUCUCUCACACACAUUUGCUUCAUGCUGGUACUGGGUUCCCCAGCCUUUUUCUGAGCAUAGUGUACAGAAGAGUGAACUUCAAUGAAAGUUGUUGGGGAUGGGCGGGUGUUAACUUGUUUGGUCCGUUGCAGUGACCUGUUUCUGAGGUUCUGGGUUGUGGGGAGACCCACAGACUUCCUGGUGAUCUGAACACAGUUGUCCUGAUUUUAAGAUACCAAAGGUUUGGGGUGUUUUUUUAAGGGAAUAAAAACCUUUCCAAUCUAUAA